AUGCUGUUCUUCAGCACGCUGCUGAUCCUCUGCGCGCUGCCGCUGCUCGUGCUGUGCGCCGAGGACUACUACAAGCUCCUGGGCCUGGAGAAGAACGCGUCGGACCGUGAGAUCAAAAAGGCAUAUCGCACAUUGAGCAAAAAGUACCACCCGGACAAGAACCCCGAUGACAAGGACGCGCAGGAGCGGUUCGUGGCCGUGGCCGAGGCGUACGAGGCGCUGAUCGACCCGGAGCUGCGCAAGAUCUACGACCAGUACGGGCACGACGGGGUGCAGAAGCACAAGCAGGGCGGCGGCGGCGGCGGCCACCACCACGACCCCUUCGACCUCUUCUCGCGCUUCUUCGGCGGCAGCGGCCACUUCCGCCAGCAAGGCGAGCGGCGCGGGCCCAACACCGAGGUCGUGCUCAACGUGCCGCUGCGCGACUUCUACACGGGCGCCGAGAAGACGUUCAGCAUCGAGAAGCAGGCCAUCUGCGACGCCUGCGAGGGCACCGGCUCCGAGGACGGCGAGGUCGACGUGUGCCCCGUGUGCAACGGCCGCGGCAUGCGCAUCCAGAAGCACAUGCUGGCCCCGGGCAUCUUCCAGCAGGUCCAAGGUCCCUGUGAUGCGUGUGGCGGCAAGGGCAAGACGAUCCGCCACAAGUGCAAGGUCUGCGGCGGCGCGCGCGUCGUCAAGGAGACGGAGACGCACACGCUACACGUCGAGCGCGGCAUGCCGCGCGGCGUGCGCAUCAACUUCGAGAACGAGGCCGACGAGAGCCCCGACUGGGUGGCCGGCGACCUGAUCGUCCAGCUGCAGGAGCGCGACGCACAACUCCACCAAGACGGCUACGACGACCAGCUGUCGCGCGCAGACGGCCAGUUCUUCCGCCGCAAGGGCAAGGACCUGUUCUGGCGCGAGGUCCUCAGCCUGCGCGAGGCCUGGAUGGGCGACUGGCACCGCAAUCUCACCCACCUCGACGGCCACACGGUGCGCCUCGGCCGUCCGCGCGGUAAGGUCAUCCAGCCCGGUCAGGUCGACGUCGUCAAGGGCGAGGGCAUGCCCAUCUGGGAUCCCGAGGCCGACGAGCUGGCGUUUGGAGAGCUGCACAUCGAGUACGUCGUCGUGCUGCCCGACCAGAUGGACAAGGCCAUGGAGAAGGACUUUUUCGAGCUGUGGGACAAGUGGCGCAAGAAGCAUGGCGUCGACCUGCUCAAGGACAGCGGCCGCCCCGCUCCGCACGACGAACUAUAG